AUGCAAGACACCACUCAUUCUGAACGACAUGCCAACAACAAUGACCUGAUGCGAAACUUCAUCAUCGGGUUUAGUGAUGGCUUGACCGUCCCGUUCUCACUCACCGCCGGACUCUCCUCGCUCGGCUCGUCGAAACUCGUCAUUCUCGCCGGACUGGCCGAGCUGUUCUCCGGAGCCAUCAGCAUGGGUCUUUCCUCCUUUCUGGCUGCAUCCACAGAUGCAAAGCAAUACGCGGUCGAGAUGGCGCGCGAAAAACUGGAGGUCGAGCAAUGUCCUCUGGUCGAGGAGCAGGAAAUCUAUGACAUCUUUGCGCAGUACGACAUACCACGUACGCAUGCUUGUAUGGUCGUGGAAAGCUUGAAAAAUAACCCUGACAUGUGGUUCAUGAUGGAUUUUGAGCUGAAGCUCGCAAAGCCGAAUCGUGCUGGCGCCUGGNGUGGUCUGUUGCCGAUGAUUCCGUACUUUGUGUUCAAGCGGACGAACGACGCACUCUUCACGUCCAUCGGCAUUACCAUUUUCGUCCUCGUCGUGUUCGGCUACGACAAGUCUGCGAUCGUUGGCAAUCCACACAAAGACUCGAUCAUCAGCGCCUGCUACACCGUUCUUGUAGGUGUCAUUGCUGCAGGUACUAGUUACAGUAUCGUAAGGGGUAUAGAUGCUGCAAACCCUGUCAGGGUGUAA